AUGAAAGGGAUGGAUGCUUAUGCAGUGAUAAAACCUGGCGUUGAUUUUCCGGUAGGUAGGGUCCACCGUUUAUUGAAAUCAAGAACCACUGCACAUGGGAGAGUGGGUGCAACAGCUGCUGUCUACACUGCAGCUAUUUUGGAGUACUUAACUGCUGAAGUGUUGGAGCUGGCUGGCAAUGCGAGCAAGGAUCUGAAGCUUGCAAUUCGUGGAGAUGAAGAACUUGACACCCUGAUCAAAGGGACCAUUGCUGGUGGCGGUGUCAUUCCUCAUAUCCAUAAGUCUCUCAUCAACAAAUCUUCCAAAGAUGUAGCUCAUGAGGAACAACAGAAGCACUAUGAUGGAUUCAUGGAAUCACUCCUGAACUAUGGUUGGGCGGAGCUGAUGGUGGGAUCAAGAGGGUCAGAGGCAUUUGUAAACACUGCAAUUGUUAGAAUGGGAAAUUCGAUCAAAUUUACUUCACUUUGUAAUGAAGGGGGUGUUCCCUCGUAUUCGCUAGCGUUGGCCCUCUUGGUCUUUUUCAUUAAGUAA